AUCCAACAUCAAUUGAUCAUGCACAAGUAUUACAACAUUUACGUAUGAGUUAUCAAAACUAUGGUGCUAAUACACCAUUUGAUCGUACUGCAUGGACAACAGCACAUGCACAAGGUGUACAAACAACACAACCAACACUUUCAUUUGCAACAACAGCUCAGCAAGCCAAUAUGGCUUCAUAUACAGCAUCAAUUCAUCAACAACCACAACUGUUCGCUGGAAAUCAUCCUGUAUUUCAAGCAGGAGGCGGCUUAUGGUAUAUGCAACCUGGUUAUCAAACAGCUGACGGUUAUCCAACUAUGGUAUGUUAG